AUGUCUGGCAUUGCCCUUGGUCGUUUGUCAGAAGAGAGAAAGGCGUGGCGAAAAGAUCAUCCGUUUGUACGUAUUUUAAAAUUGACAUGUGGUAUAAAUUUAUGUGAAGUUAGGAACUUUAUACUUGAUAACUCUGUCAGUUCUGAACUGUUUUCUCGACAGGAAGAGGUAUACCAUACAGGAAGAGUUAUCUCUUUUUGAUCCAGUGUUACUACAGGAGAAAACUUAAAUUAAACUAACUUUAUUUAUACUGGACAGCUCUAUGUUAGUUCAAGGAAUGAAGGAAUCGAAGUCCUUCCUCAAGAUUCAUAUUUAUAAAUUGCUUAGUUUAUGUUUGCUAACUUGGGUCGUGUAUUAAAUCACUUUGGUUUUAGUUUAUACAGUACAUUAUUAACAAUUUCUUGUGUUUAGUGAGUAAAUUCGUAUUUAAUUUUGUACUUAUGUAUGCUUAAGUUUGGCUUGUGUUUAUAUUGUUGACGUUGUGAUUUAAUAUGUCUAUUGUUUUUGUCAGUACUUUUGAUUUAUUGAAAAAUAUAAAGUACAAAGAGCCUAAAUAAACUCUCUCUCUUUGAAAGCAUUUUAACUGCCAGGGAUUUCAAUAGAAAGUUUUAUUUAAAGUUUUAUGACUGGUUGGGUAUGACUUUUAAGCUUAAUAGAGAACUAAAAAUUGAUCUGUAUAAUAUAAAAGAGAAUAUUUUCAACAAGCAAUUUUUUCCUCACCAAUUAAGAACUGCAUAAUUUAGUGAAAUACAAUAAAUUCAUGGAAAUAUGGCAAAUAUUUUGUGAUAUAAACCAGAGUUUAUUCCAUAUGUGAUUCAUAUACUGUACCUGUCCAGUAAGCCUGACUGGCUUAUCUCUUAACCAAAUUUUGACUGUUUAAUGUUGUCUAGGGUUUUGUUGCCAAGCCAAUAAAAAACCCAGAUGGAACAUUAAAUCUUAUGAAUUGGGAAUGUGGUAUGUCCUAUUUGUAAUGCUUUAGGCCAUGUUUACACUGUAGUGGAUAGCUUUCUGUAGCAAUGCGAGAAAACGCCUAUAUGUACCUUUUAGGAACGUUAUUUUCAGAGGAAUUAUUGCAACGGAGAGAUGUUGUUUCGCUCAGCAUCUGAAAGUUGUACAUUUCAUAUGGGAUAGAUGCUUUUUUGUGCCGCUACAGAAAGCUAUCCGGUAUAGUGGAAACAUAGCCUAUCAAUGUUUACCAUUGAACAAAAGCUCUUAAUUGACCAACAUAUCACUAAGUAGAUCUAUUUAUUUUUAUAGCAAUUCCUGGAAAAAAAGGAGUAUGUAUAAAUAAUUAUGUAUAUAUGUGAAAAUUUUAAAAGAUGUUAUUCUGAGAGCCUUGACACCAGGCAAGAACCUUUGGCUAAAGAAAACCAGCACUUGUGGUUUUGUGGUCAGCACGCUUGCAUUUUAAGCUGGGAGACUUGGGUUCAAUCCUUGCUUGGACCUCUACUCCAGUUCUUAAAAUAAUUGAGGAGAAAGAGCUACCUUUACAUUGACAUUGGUAAAUGGUUAGACUUUCAUGUCUUCUCGGAUAAGGACGUUAAAUCGUAGCUAGCUCGGAUCCCCUAUCAAUUGGAUAAUAUUUAGCCUGUUGGGAAAUCUGCUCACGAAUGAGUGAGAAACUCCUUAAACUUGCUAGUUCUUGGGAAUUGAAACUGCUACCUUUAGCUUGCUAAUCCAAUGCUCUACAGGCUGCUCUAUGUACUGUUCUAGAACAUUUGGAACACUGUUCUGGAAUGAUAUAAUUCAAUGGAGUGCACACAGUGUUCUGGAACAGUGUUUAGUUUAUUAUAUAUGCGUGCAACCAUGCAUUACUAUAUUAUAAUUAGUUAUUCGCAUAAUAAAGUGUAUAAUGGUUUGCUGUUAUUUGUAUAUCUAGGUAUGCUUUUGCAACGUUUUUACUCGUUGAUUUUGCCCUACCCUGGCGUUCAAGUGACAUAUAAUAAUUACAGUAUAUGUCGAUAUAUGGUGGUUAACCCUUCAAAAUAAUGCUCUAUGCAGUGUGCAUUGGAUACACAAAAUAUGUCACCUCCAUUUCUAAGUACUUGAAAAUAGGCAGUGUCAUGUAUCUGUUCUGGCUGCCCCUACUCGAAAAUUGGGGUAGUCAGAAUAGUUCAGAACAGAACAGUCAUGUGAAGAACAGUCAUGUGACUGUCUUCUGAUCCAUUCAUUAGUGUUUUGAAAAUCCAGAGCACUCCAAACAGUGAAUGGAGCAGCUUGCUAGGUAGCCAUAGGUCACAGGUUCUAGUCCUGCUGCGGUCAAGUAAUUUUUCCGCUUAACGAUGUGGAGACUUUCAGAAAAACAUCGGCAAAACGUUACGAAAGAAAGAUUUCAGAUGAAUUCUGAGUCCUGCUGCAGUCUUGUUAGAUGUGCAUGGGUCUGCUCUAUAUAAUCCAGUUGAUGUUAAAUGUGUUCUCUUUUGUUAGACUCCUUGGGAAGGUGGCCAGUAUAAACUAAGGAUGAUCUUUAAAGAUGACUACCCCUCAUCACCUCCAAAAUGUAAGUUGAAGUUAGACUGUAGUGCCCAUAUCCAGCAGGCAAAAUGACGUUUAUUCAAUGUUGAAUCAACAUCGGAAAUGAUCUUCCAGAUGUUGGAUAGAUGUUGAAAAAGCAUUGAAAUUACUCUUUUGACGUUGAAACAAACUUAAGAUUAGGUUGCCAAUCUUGUCAACCGUAACUCAACGUUGAAUCCACAUUGAAAUAAGACUGUAGCACCUAUAGUUGUAUUUUUUGCAACCAGUGUGCGAAUUAGUUGAGAAAAAACGAUGUGCAAUUUUUUCUCGAGAAAAAUGUACCUCCAGAGUCAUAAAAUUGGUUCAGAUUAAUGUUACAUCUAGCUACUGGGAGUCACAUUCAAUCAAAUACCCCAUUAAGCCAACUAUUAUGGUGUAGUAAUCUAAUAUUUCUAAUACGUGCAUUUAAUAUACAUAUAAACAAGUUAAAAUGUUAAAUUCCAUAAGCUAGUCACUUUCUGACGACUGUUGAUCCGAAAAAUAGGCAUGUCGGCGUGAUGCGUCUGACGUCUCGACUUUCUUCUUAAGUUUCUCCGGACAACCGUGACCUCCGAAUUUGAUCCUUUGUUUCUUUUGUCCAUACCACCGCUCAAUUGCAGCAUCCAUAAUCCUUCACUGAAGGUCCCUCCUCGCUAAUUCUCAAAAGACUGUCCAAUCUAUCUCAUGACAUUCUGUUGCUUAGGUGUGGUUUCAUUCUCGCCAUUGUGGAGAACAUCCGUUCAACCACAGCAUUCGAGAUGGGUGUAAUCAAUAGCAGUUCCACAUUGUUCAGAAUGUUUGAAAACUGCUCUUUACCAGCUGGUGAAGAGAGUAAAAUUCGCCAUUUUUACCUGCUCAAGAUGCUGCAUAUACAUGCCAUAGUUCUCCAGGAAAACUUUGGUAGCACGCACUUUGUGAUCUAUCCACCUCGUGCCGCUUGCCUUGACAGGCUUAUACACAGUUUCUCCAUACGCUUCAGCAAGUUUUUUCAGUUCUCUGAGCUUCUUUGGCGACUUUUGGUACUUGUCAUGAUGACAAGAAGGGCAAAACAAACGCGAAACACAGAAUAUCCUUGUUUGCAGGCUGAUUUCCGUAUGCUUUUAUAACCGUUCGCAGUAAAAGCGCUAAUAAAUCUCUCGAUCUUAAUUCACAAAUAUAAGUAAAAUACUAAAUGACUGGUAAGAAGUAAGAACUGGAUUAAGCUGUUGGCUGUAUAUUUGUUGUUGAGGAAAAUGUAGCUAGCUAACUUUGGCACUUUGCGCAGAAAGGAGUGACAUUUAAAGCUCAACAAAGCGAGUUAGUUAUCAAAUAUACCGCAUUUCCGUCUCUAUAAUUUCCGUCGUAGCAGACGCGAUUGGGUUGCUAUCCGCUAACAACGAGCCAAUCAGAUAAAGAUUUUGAUGAAGACUGUAUUGUGAUUGGCUUAAAGAAUGCUAGUUAAUGAUGCAGAACAUUUACAUUCUGCACGUGUUUCUCUCACCUCUAAAAAAUCGCUGCCAGUGUUACUUAAUCUUUGCUGUGUUGAACACGUUUCAUAUUUCAGAUGCGUUAAUGCGUUGCUGAAAAAGCACUUUAUAAAAGCGGAUUAAUUGGCAUUAAUUUGUAAACAUGAAACGUUUAUCAAUUUUUUUUGCACAUUGUUUGAAAAAGUGAUGUGCAAUUUUCUCCAUUUUGGCCAAAACGAUGUGCAAAUUGCACAUUGCACACCGUUAAUUCGCACACUGUUUGCAACUGCUCCUGAUUAAGUCUAAUUAACGUUUAAAAAAUACUCUCGAUAUUUCUUUGUUUUGUCUGGAUUUCAAGGUUGGAAAAAUGAUGAAAACCACAUUAUUUUCUUGUAGGUAAAUUUGAACCACCAAUAUUCCACCCGAAUGUGUAUCCCUCGGGUACGGUAUGUCUCUCACUGUUGGAUGAAGAAAAAGAUUGGAGACCUGCAGUCACUAUAAAACAGGUAAGGGGUUUGGGUCAUUCUUCAAGGAUUGAUCCAGCAUGAUUUAGUGGGGGUGUGCUCUGCCAGCUCUGGUGUCGAGUUGUGUCAGUCAUGUGUGCCGUCUGCCCAUCGACUUGCUUGACUACUGCAAAGUCUUGCUUGACUACUGUAUUUGAAUUGUAAUUGUUGUUCACAGUUCACUAAUCAUCAUUCCAAAGGUCAUAGGCUAGUAUUCCAAAGGUCGUAGGUUCGAUUCCCACCGUGGUCAGGCAUAUUUUUCAAGCUUGCCCAGUGUGGAUAUACACUCAGAGUAACAUCACAAACAUCAUAUUCACCUGAGUACAUUACAGCAACACAGAAAAAUCAUGUUAUUACUCAAAUUACUGUAUCUUAUUUUGUCUCUAAAUUAUUGUGAAUUGUUAGAUUCUUCUAGGCAUACAAGAUCUCUUAAAUGAUCCCAAUAUAAAAGAUCCUGCUCAGGCAGAGGCGUAUACAAUAUAUAGGUAAGAAUCAUUCACCUUACCUGGUUUUAUGAACAUUUUAUCCCUGCAUAUUCCAUAAGCAAUGGCGGGUCUGCCAAGCCAGACUGGUAGUCUCGGGAAAUGUUAGGGAUGUGCUGCUUUGUCGGAUACCGGUUAAUAAUUGGAUACUGCCGAAUGUCAUUAUUUUACCGGAUACUGGUAUUCGUAUCCAGCACAUCCCUUUAAAGAGUUUUGUGUUAUUUAGUCAAAAUCGAGUGGACUACGAGAAGAGAGUAAAAGCGCAGGCCCAACGACAUGCGGCAACUUGA